AUGUCAGAGGAUAUCCUUCAUCUCGUCAGCCCAGAGCUGGCUACGUUCCUUGUAAACGUAGAUGACUUCGAGAAAGUUGGUGUUGCAGGUGAAGGAGCUUUCGGCAAAGUUUAUAUUUGUAAUCAUACUCCGACAGGCAAACGGUGUGCUUUAAAGCAAUUAAUUGCAACAAAAUUAGAAGACAGAGAUUUACUUGAGUUCAUUCGCGAAGUUGAAAUUCUCGCAAGAUGCGACAGCAUGUUUUUACUUCCAUUUUACGGAUGGACUUCUUCUCCGCCAUAUUCAAUCGCAAUGGAAUACAUUAGCAACGGAUCUGUCUUCCAAGCACUCAGACAUCGCCCUCAAUCACCAACACUUACUCCAACUAAUAAAACAAUUAUUAUGAUCGGAUGCGCUCACGCUCUCGCCGCUUUACAUAGAAUAGGCAUUAUCAAUAGAGAUUUAAAGUCAAUGAACGUACUUUUAGAUGAUAGAUUAUAUCCAAUUAUCUGCGAUUUCGGAAUUUCAAGAUUUGCCAGUUCAGAACAACAGCUUAUGACACAACAAAUCGGUACACCUCAUUGGAUGGCGCCAGAAUUAUUCCUUUCGAACACUUAUUCUAAUAAAGUCGAUGUUUACGCAUAUGCCGUUUUAUUAUGGGAGCUUCUUACAGAAUCUACUCCAUUUAAAGGUUACAAUGGACAGCAGAUUAUGAUUGCUGUCUGCCAAAGAAACGAAAGGCCAAUGUUACCCAUCAAAACUCCGACAAAACUUAGAUCUUUGAUUCAACGUUGCUGGGACUUCGAUCCUAACAAGAGACCUUCAUUUAAUCAAAUAUGCAAGGUUCUUGAUGCAAAGAAAGUUGUUUUCGAAGGCACAGAUCUUGAUGCCGUCGAUAUCUUCCUUAAAGACCUCCAAGCAGAUGAAUCGUGGCGCGAGGCAAACAAAGGAAAUCGCCAGCCGCCACUCAAAAUGUUUGCAUCUGCAAGAAAUCAGCAACAAUAUCAAGAUUCAUAUAAUAUACCGCAAACAGUCUACAAUCCUCAAGAAAUACCACGCGACCCUGAUGUACCGAUUAUUCCUUUACUUCCUUUCAACGAAGCUUCAGCUUCUACCGAUGCAAUUCCAGUUCCAGAGAAUUUACCAGUUUACGAGAAGCCAGCCGAACCCCCACAAUCAUCUCAACCACCUUACAAACCUCCGGAGACAAUAAACUUCGCAUUACCUCAAUCUCCAUCUGUAUCUCCACCUCCUCUCUCUCCUCCUCCCAUCAACGACAGUUCUCCAUUACCACAGCCAGGUUCUCUCAUUGCUUCCGGCUCCUUGGCCGUAUUUAACAUACAGGGAACUCUUCCAUCGGCAUCUCCACUUUCUGGCCCUCAAAAUUCCAAUCCUGAGAACGACAAACAGCUCUUCAGUAUUUUAUAUAACCCAUCACAUACCCAGUAUUUGGAUGCCGUCAAGAGAUGGCGCGAACAAUGCAUUCAAGGUGACAUAACCCGCUUUUUCAACCCAUUGGUCAACGGUUUAUCAGUCAGUGCUUCAAAAGAAAUCGUUGCCAGGGUUUUACAAGAAAUUCGUUAUGUCGCGAUGCGAAAUGCCGCUUGUUUACAUGCAUUUCUUGAAUCUUCCAUUCCUCCAAACCUUCCUUUCAAGAGAACAGAGGAAGUAAUUGUUCAAAACACAUGUGCCUUGUUAUAUGUCAUUGUCAAGAACGCUCCAGAGUUCUUUAACAAGGAUUACAUCAAACUUCUUACACCUCUUAUCUCUGUUGCACCAAGGAAAGUACUCCGCAUUGUCCAAGAACUCUGUCAUCUCUUCGAUCGUCUUGAAGAUCCAUGGCCAGGUGCUAAUUUCCUCAUUUUAGCAUCAGCAGCAUUCAUGCAGUCCACAGCCAUUCCUGAGUAUCUUUCAUUAAUUGUCCAGACAUUGGCAUCAAACCAAACAUUCAGAGAAGCGAGGAUGUCAUCGGUUUGUCCUAUAUUUAUUUACUCUUUGAACUCAGACAAUUCAGAAGUUGUUAAAACAGGAUACAACACAAUCUGUGAGUUCUUCAACAAGGAUUUGAUUGUUCCUCGUGAUAUAUUAGAACAGCAUCUUAUUGGUGGAUACGAAUCCGAAGUUUUGUCAUAUUUAUUAUUAGACAGAAUUUCACCAACAAGUUCAUCAAUGGUUUCUCGUCUUCUUCAGAUUGCUCCUGACAACAAAUCUGCUUUCUCAGUUCUUGUUGCAGAUGCCGCUAAACCAGAGAAUGUCGAUGCAUUCAAGCCACAGUUCCAAGUACUUUUGUUUGGUGAAUUACGCAUUGACCAAAAACUUCAUUUAGUUAUGAUUUUGUUGCUUCAUCCUUCAAUGCGUCGACAUCUUGCAAAUCUUAAGGAUUUCAUCGAUUUCAUUGUUGGAAUGAUAGAGACAGGUCGUGUCGACUUAUUCGAUCCAUCAUCAUGCAUCAUCAUCAAGCUUUUGGAGUACAACUCAUUCAUCAAUCAUUGCAAGACAAUGCAACUGAUGCAGAAAUACAUAGAAGUUGCUGUUUUGCAGAAGAAGAAGAACGCUAUUAGACUGGCAAUCCACACAAUCGACACAGCAAUCAGAAGAGGAUUAGUAGAAGAAUGCCAAGGAUCAAUUAACUGGAUUGUUUCCAAUGUAUCAGUUAAUGGACCAAACAGUGAUGUUGCAUUGUCUGCUUUGUGCGGAUUGACAACUUCUAUUAACACUCUGAACGAAAUGAAGAAGACAGAACUUGUAAUGAAAGUGCCACAGUUCUUCCAACAUCAAAAAUUGAAACCUUAUGCAGAUGUCAUCCAUUCUGCUAUCACUAGAUAA